UUGUCGCUGCCGCUGCCCUUCGCGGAUCGGGAGCCAGCGUCGCCCGCCCGCCGCCGCCCCGGUGCAGCGGAGAGGAAGCGAGAGGGAGGCCGCCGCGGGUUCGUCGCUGCUGUUCGCCCCCGCCCGGGAGAGCCGAGCCCGGCCCAGUCGGCCGCCUGCCACCCCUCCCAGCCGUUACCCGCGGGCCGCCACAGCCGCCGGAGGAGAGGCGCGCGCCAUGGCCUCCGGAGCGGAUUCAAAAGGUGAUGACUUAUCAACAGCCAUUCUUAAACAGAAGAACCGUCCCAAUCGGUUAAUUGUUGAUGAAGCCAUCAAUGAGGACAACAGUGUGGUGUCCUUGUCCCAGCCCAAGAUGGAUGAGCUGCAGUUGUUCCGAGGUGACACAGUGUUGCUGAAAGGAAAGAAGAGGCGGGAAGCUGUGUGCAUUGUGCUUUCUGAUGACACAUGUUCUGACGAGAAGAUUCGAAUGAAUAGAGUUGUUCGGAAUAACCUUCGCGUACACCUAGGGGAUGUCAUCAGGUGUGUGUGGGGUUUUUGGCCCCUCAGGGAUGGGAGGCCAGAGACAGCCUGCAUUAUAGGCAGGACCCCCACGAAGGCCUUGGCAGCUGGAGGUAUUGGAAGCCUUCUAGCUACCGGAAGAUUUAUGUUUCAGGGUUGUGAUGAGGAAGAGUCCUUGAAUGAAGUGGGCUAUGAUGACAUUGGCGGCUGUAGGAAACAGCUAGCUCAGAUAAAGGAGAUGGUGGAGCUGCCCUUGAGACAUCCUGCCCUUUUUAAGGCAAUUGGUGUGAAGCCGCCUCGGGGAAUCCUGCUCUAUGGACCGCCAGGGACUGGGAAGACCCUGAUUGCUCGAGCUGUAGCAAAUGAGACUGGAGCCUUCUUCUUCUUGAUCAAUGGUCCUGAGAUCAUGAGCAAGUUGGCUGGUGAGUCUGAGAGCAACCUUCGUAAAGCCUUUGAGGAGGCGGAGAAGAAUGCUCCUGCUAUCAUCUUCAUUGAUGAGCUGGAUGCCAUUGCUCCCAAGAGAGAGAAAACCCACGGUGAGGUGGAGCGACGCAUUGUGUCACAGUUGUUGACCCUCAUGGAUGGCCUAAAGCAAAGAGCACAUGUGAUUGUCAUGGCAGCAACCAACAGACCCAAUAGCAUUGACCCAGCCCUACGGCGAUUUGGUCGCUUUGACAGGGAGGUAGAUAUUGGAAUCCCUGAUGCUACAGGACGCUUGGAAAUUCUUCAGAUCCAUACCAAGAACAUGAAGCUGGCAGAUGAUGUGGACCUGGAACAGGUAGCCAAUGAGACUCACGGGCAUGUGGGUGCUGACUUAGCAGCCCUGUGCUCGGAGGCUGCUCUGCAGGCCAUCCGCAAGAAGAUGGAUCUCAUUGAUCUAGAGGACGAGACCAUCGAUGCCGAGGUCAUGAACUCCCUGGCGGUUACUAUGGAUGACUUCCGGUGGGCCCUGAGCCAAAGCAACCCAUCAGCACUGAGGGAAACUGUGGUGGAGGUGCCACAGGUGACCUGGGAGGACAUUGGGGGCCUGGAGGAUGUGAAACGUGAGCUUCAGGAGCUGGUCCAGUAUCCUGUAGAGCACCCAGACAAAUUCCUCAAGUUUGGCAUGACACCCUCCAAGGGAGUAUUGUUCUACGGACCUCCAGGCUGUGGGAAAACCUUGCUGGCCAAAGCCAUCGCUAAUGAGUGCCAGGCCAACUUCAUCUCCAUCAAGGGUCCUGAGCUGCUCACCAUGUGGUUUGGAGAGUCUGAGGCCAAUGUCAGGGAAAUCUUUGACAAGGCCCGCCAAGCUGCCCCCUGUGUACUAUUCUUUGAUGAGCUGGAUUCAAUUGCCAAGGCCCGUGGUGGUAACAUUGGAGAUGGUGGUGGGGCUGCUGACCGAGUCAUCAACCAGAUCUUGACAGAAAUGGAUGGCAUGUCCACAAAAAAGAAUGUCUUUAUCAUUGGCGCUACCAACCGGCCUGACAUCAUUGAUCCUGCCAUUCUGCGACCUGGCCGCCUUGAUCAGCUCAUCUACAUCCCGCUCCCUGAUGAGAAGUCCCGUGUUGCCAUCCUCAAGGCCAAUCUGCGCAAGUCCCCAGUUGCCAAGGAUGUGGAUUUAGAAUUCCUGGCUAAGAUGACUAAUGGCUUCUCCGGAGCUGACCUGACAGAGAUUUGCCAACGUGCCUGCAAGCUGGCCAUCCGUGAAUCCAUCGAGAGUGAAAUUAGGCGAGAACGGGAGAGGCAGACCAAUGCCAUGGAGGUAGAAGAGGAUGAUCCAGUGCCUGAGAUCCGCCGAGAUCACUUUGAGGAAGCCAUGCGCUUUGCCCGCCGAUCUGUCAGUGACAAUGACAUCCGGAAAUACGAGAUGUUUGCUCAGACCCUUCAGCAGAGUCGGGGCUUUGGCAGCUUCAGAUUCCCUUCAGGAAACCAAGGUGGAGCUGGUCCCAGUCAGGGCAGUGGAGGUGGCACAGGCGGCAGUGUGUACACGGAAGACAAUGAUGAUGACCUGUAUGGCUAAGUGGUGGUGGCCAGCGUGCAGCAAGCUGGCCUGGCUGGACCUUGUUCCCUAAGGGUGGGGAUGCUUGCCCAGGAGGGACCAGGGGCGUGCCCAUGGCCUGCUCCCUUUCUUAGUCUGAAUAGUUCAGCUACAGUAAGACUCUGGACAAGGGGGUUUCUGUUGAAAAAAAAAAAACAAAACAAAAGCGAUAAAAUAAAAGCGAUUUUCAUUUGGGAGGCGGAGAGUGAAUUACCAAAAGGGAAUUGGGCCUUGGGCCUACACCGUUUCUGUUGUAGUUUGGGACAGUGCAGGGGACCUGUGGGUAUGAACCAAGGCACUAUCGCCACUCCCCACAGUGAAGCAUCUACACUUCACUAAAUGCUGCCCAAGCCCUCCCUUCUUCCCCUAUCCAACCUGGAAAGGAGGGUAAAGAGCCACAGUUGCUGGGUGUUUAUAUAGUGAGUAGGUUGAUUUUAUUUUACAUGCUUUUGAGUUAAUGUUGGAAAACUAAUCACAAGCAGUUUCUAAACCAAAAAUGACAUGUUGUAAAAGGACAAUAAACAUUGGGUGAAAAUGGA